AUGUGGCGAGCACUGGUCGCUGGAGCGGUGGUGGCAUGGAGCUCCUGUGUAACUGAGGACUGCGAAGAUGUGAAACUGCUGCAAAGAAAGAGGCAGACGCAGCUGGAAACGAAGACAGAGAAGCUUCAAAAAGAUCCCACAGGCUACCACAAGAUCGAGGGUAAGUCCGUCUAUCUUGUGAUGCCCGAUCGUUUCGACCGUGUGGGCGGACACAGCGCAGGGAACAACAGCGCCUGCGAUGGGAACCAAUGGUGCAAUGGAACUCUGAGAGGGAUCACGGAGCAUUUGGACUACAUUGCAGGAAUGGGCUUUGAUUGCAUUUGGGUCACACCAGUCCCUCUGAAUUACUACGGGCCGGAUGGCCAGAGUGGAUACGGCUAUCAUGGCUACUGGGCACAGGACUGGUUCAAGAUCGACCCGAAUUUCGGCACAGCCGAAGACAUGAAGACUCUGGUGCAAGAGACGCACAACAAUGGCAUGUGCUUCAUUUUGGACAUCGUCCUGAACCACGUGCGGCCCAUUCAUAGCGAAGCCGACUUGUCGGAGGUUCACCCCUUCAAUGAGACCUCCUACUUUCACUUGCUCAAUAUCAGCGAUAUGACCUUCGAUGAGUAUGCCGAGAAGAUGAGUGAUUGGCCGUAUCCGACGCAAGGGAUCGGCGCUGGAGCCCAGUGCUACCUGCAAUUCUUCCCGAAUGGCACGCCGGAUGGCACCAACAACGGAACUUAUUGCAACAACUACCCGGGCAACAACUUUUCGAAAGAUUUGUACUAUGGAGAGGAAGCCCAUGGCCCUCCAUAUCUGAAAUAUUGCAGUGUUGGCAACUAUGACUGCAAAGGAUACAAUGAGGAGGUGUCCAUCAAGGGAUGGUUUUACGAUUUGGCAGACUUGAAUCACACGGUUCCUUUUGUGCAAGAAGAGCUGAAACGUUGGGUGAAGUUCAUGGUGACUGAGUAUGACAUUGAUGGCAUUCGCUUGGACACCACCCCCUACAUGCCGCACUGGUGGCUGCAAGACGUGCAGAAUAUGCUCUUCGACGAGUUGGACAAUCCGAUCCAGAUCAUCGGUGAGGUCACCGCGAGCAACGUGAGCUUUCACGCCUCGUAUCAGCUCAUGGGCGGUCAACGUAUGUUGAGUGGCAUGGAGAACUUCCCUUUGGUUUACACCGCUGUGCCAGGAUACUGUGGUUGGCCGAACAUGCUUUUGUCGACAAUCGCGCAGUUCGAUCUUACCCACCUUCACGAGAUGACACACAAGCAGCUGACCAGCGGCCUAUACAGCAACACUGACUUGCUGAUGAAUAUGAUGGACAAUCAAGAUGAUAUGCCUAUUGCCAGCUUAGCACAUAGCUUGGACGGGAAGUCAGGGGGCUGCUUGGAUGACCGGCAUAUGCGGCUGAACGCUUGGGCCUGGCUCUUUAUGGCUAAAGGCAUGCCAGUGAUCACGUGGGGCGAUGAGCAGGGGAACAAGGUCUUCCGGAAUUCCUUGUGGCAGUUCAACUGGGACACAAGCCCAUGGCAGUACAAACUUUUGAGGAGGUUGAACCAGAUCCGCCACGAGUAUCGCCUGGACAAGACGAGGAUGACGUUGAAGGCGGCCCACAAGGAUCAAUUUGUCUUCUACCGCGGACCCAGACGUGGGAAGGAGAGUGUUUAUGUCUUCACGAACAACCUGCCGAUGACCACGAAGAAAGUGAUCUACAGAGACAGCUUGCCGAAACCUCUCGCAGGUUACGCGUGGAAGGACCUCUUCAGCGCUCAGAAGAUCCAGCGGUUGUCCAACGGCGCUGUGGUGGCGCAUUCUUCGAAACCGUUGGUCCUGGUCAUGAAGCCUUCAAAGGCGGCCACAUUGGCCCAGCAGAUCACCUCUUGA